AUGUCUUUCACUCUCAGCCUUGUGUUUUUGUCAGGUUGGACAGCUGUAGCUUUCACAUUCCCUCACAAUACUUUUGAUAACAUUGUGAAAGGGUCACGAGUCGAAUUUGAAUCAUCUGGCAGCGGACCGGACGAACACCCUCAGGGAAUAGUUAAGGUUGUGCAGCUGGACCCUCGAGCUCUCGCCCAGUCAGGCUUCUUCAGAAGGGGACUGACUCCCAGAAGAGCCCCGUCCCUGAGCUCCAGACUGUCCUUCCCCUCCUUCCUAUCUCAUGGGCGCCCAGGUCCGGCCUUGGCCCCAAAGACCCCGGUGAAUCCACUGCACCACCUGCAUCCUAAAAGCCCGGCUGAGAUGGAACUAAAGAAGAGGCAAGGCCUGCAGAUGUGGCAGAGAGCCACAAAUAAAGGAGAGAAGAUGACCAUGGCCCUGCCGGUCAACCUGAAGGACGCUAAACAGACGUGCACUGCAGUGCCUUUCACUCAGCGUGUAACAGCAGACGGAUGUGAGGCGAUAACGGUGCACAACAAGCUGUGUUUCGGCCAGUGCAGCUCCCUGUUUGUCCCGUCUGAAGGGGACUUCGCAGAGACGGGGGCCCUCCACCGACACCGGGCUCCUUGCUCCCGCUGCGCCCCGUCCAAAGCUCACACUGUGACCGUGCCUCUGCGCUGUGGAGCCGAGGUCCGGGAGAAACGAGUGAUGGUGGUGGAGGAGUGCAAGUGUGAGACGAGUCGCGAGGAGAAGAGUGCAGAGGCCGCCGCGAGCACACACCUGUAACAGUUUAGAUAAAGGACACCUCAGUCAACACACUGUGUGACACUUAUUUACAUAUGUAUCUGUGCAUAUGUGUGUCUGUAUUCAUUACGAGUCUGAAUUCAUUAUUCAGAGUGAGAUUCUGGUGGUUUUCUUCCACCACUGAUUGACGACAAAGUGACCUAUAUCUCGGUCACGCAUUUUUUCUGCUGUAACAGAUGGAGACGUCCACGCUGGACUAUGAAAAAAUAAAAUGUGUUUAGAUGAAUCUAAAGUGAAAUAUUAUGAUCUGUAAUAUUGUCAUUAAAAUGUCCUAUUUGUCCACAUUCCUUUUGCCUCGCGUUGCUAAUUAGUUUCCUGCCAAACACUGUUAGAUUCACAAGUGCAUUCUGGUUUUCAUGCAAAGCUCAAGUAAAAACACGCAGAGCAUUUGUUGUUUUUUUUCUUUUUUUGUCCACCCACUCGUAUUCGAGCAUUUCAAGUGUCUGCUCCUAUAUUUUAUUAAAAAGCCGCGUUCCA